UGUAACGUCAUUUUGGGUGCGCCACCAAGCGGGCAUUCACACUACGGCUCACUUGACUUCAUUUAUCCCACUGGAGACUGCCCUGAGCGCAGUGCUUUUAUACCGCACGCACACGCCAAGCAACACUAUGAGUUUCGACGUGAAGAAACUGAAAGUAAACGAGCUGAAGGACGAGCUCCAGCACCGCGGCCUGGAAGCCAAAGGCCUGAAGGUGGACCUGGUGGAGCGACUCAAGGCGGCGUUGCAGGAGGAAGGCCUGGCCGAGUCACCCGGCAGCGGAGGAGACGAUGACGACGACUUUCCAGAUUAUAGGGAUGAAACGCAAGAGCAACAAGCAGAGUCCUUUGCUCAAGGCGACGGUGACACGCUGCUUGAGGAAGAUGAAGACAGAGAUUUGGGCGGGUAUGACGAGGAAGAGGAGGCUGAGCCUGACGCCGAAUGCGAGCUGUACGAGUGUCGGCCGGUGACUGAUUCCGAUCACAGCGUGCCAUACUUUAGCCCCGACACCAGCCUUGCCCAAACUGCCGCCAUCACAGAGGCAGUCGUCAAAUUUGAACUGGAGAAGGAGGAAAAUUAUGCUGUCAUACAAGGCGAAGCAACAGACUCUCUUAGCAUCUCAAGCCGACAGAGGAGCAGCAGCGGUAGCUUGGCCGCAUCCGGAAGCAAGAUUUGUCGUGGUGGGCUAAAAGCUAAGCAAUUGGCUGGCGACCAGUUCAGGGUGUACCACGCCUCUUGCCUAGAGUUAGCUGAGAAAGGCGCCAGAACACCCGGGCCCCUAGUGAGGAUAAAAGAAAUAAAAGAGGAGAUUAAAAUUGAGGACACCCCUGAGGCGGCCGGAAACGCUGGGCGAGAGGCCCGUGGAGCAGAGUCGAAACGCGGACAAAAUGGCGGCAGUCUUGGAGAACAGGUGAAGGUGAAGUCCAACAGAAGCGGACACCAUUGCAGAAAACGACCAUGCGAGGAGAGCAGGGGCUACAACUACUAUGAGCAUCGUGAGGAGAAGAGAUCGUUCACCCUGCAGGGAUCCCACUCGAGUUGCCAGUCUGAAGACGAAAGUCCUGCAUCAAGCAGAGAUCCCACUCCCAUUCAUGUUAGCAGUGAUGAGGAAGGUCAGGCAUGGAGCAGAGAUGAUAGGGAAUAUUGUGACUGGUAUGAAACCGACUGGCAUCCAAAUAAAUUCUGCUUCACUGCAACCCCUGGACCCCGGAGUGCUGCCACAGAGCUGGAUUCCAAGCUGCCAGCUGACUUCCUGGAGCUCUUCUUAACUGAUGAGCUGCUCCAACGUAUUGCGGAUCAGACCAACCUGUAUGCGACUCAGUAUUUCCAAGCACAGUCUGAGAGUCUGCCACAUAGCAGAGUUCAUGCAUGGAAACCGGUGUCAGUCCCAGAGCUGAAAACCUUCUUUGGACUCAGUUUUCUCACCAGUUAUGUUAAAAAGCCAAGCAUUGGACUGUACUGGAGUGUGGAUGAAGUAGACGCAACACCCCAUUUCAGCCAGACCAUGUCAAGGAACAGAUUUCAGAUUAUCUGGCAGUUUCUUCAUUACAACAAUAACGCAUCACAGGAUGACGCUGACAAAUUGUACAAAAUCCGCCCAGUGUUUGAAUACAUUGUGGAAAAGUUCAAGGAGAUGUAUCAACCGGGGCAAAACAUUUGCAUUGAUGAGGGUAUGAUGCUGUGGCGAGGGCGUGUAUCGUUCAGAGUGUACAACCCAAAAAAGCCUGUGAAAUAUGGAAUCAAAUCCUACAUACUUUGUGACUCUGCUACAGGGUACUGCUUCAAUAUGCAGCCUGAUGUCGGCGAAGUUCGUACUACGUCGGAGAUAGUGUUCUCUCUACUUGAUCGUCUGGCCGGUCAUGGUUAUACACUGUAUAUGGACGAUUCCUACAAUUCUGUACCACUGUGUGAGCUUUUGCUGGGAGCAGAAACCAACGUCUGUGGGACACUGAGGAAGAAUAGGGGCGAACCUAAGGUCUUUAGGGAGAUGACAAAGUAUGAGUUGGGAGUGGGGGAAAAAGUUGUGCGGCACAAUGAGCGAGUGAUGGUAGUAGCCUGGCAGGACAAACAGUUGGUGAGAAUGGUGACAACUUGCCACCAAGAUAGGAUGCAGAAGGUUAAGGUGUUGCAGAAGGGGCACAAAGACGAGGGUUGUCAGUUCAAGCCACAGUGUGUUGUUGCAUACAACUCUUCCAUGCAUGGGGUGGAUAGGCUGGACCAAAACAUUGCAUACUACCCGUUCAUCCGAAGGUCACUGAAGUGGUCCAAGAAGUUUGUAGCCUAUCUUUUUCAACUGUGCAUGUUUAAUGCCUAUGUUCUCUACAGAGCCAGAAACCCAGGGGAGUUUAAAACCCUCUUGGAGUUCAUGCGCAGUGUAGUGAAGUCGUGGACUGUAAAGCGACAUGUGGGGGUGCAGGUAAAAAAGGAAAAGAAAGUUGCAGUUGAGGAGGGUGGGGACUUGGAGGGAGGGAGACGUUCUACUAGGGCACCAUAUAAAACUGACCCAGAUAGCAGGCUCGAUGGACAGCUUGGCAAACACAGACUCGAAUACUUGAUGCCGGUCGGCAAGAAGUUAAAACCAACAAGGAGGUGUAGGGUCUGCGCACGUAGGGGCAAGCGCAGAGAUACCAGAAUGUGGUGCACUUCCUGUUGUGUCCCCUUGCAUCCAGGAGAAUGUUUCACAGAUUACCACACUAAAAUGAACUAUUUUGUGUAAGGGUGAAAAAACACAAACACAAUUUUUUUUUUUUAAAGCUGUGACAGAAUACAUAGCAGUGAUUUCCUAAAAAGUUAACACUUUUUUUGUCGAAUGUAAAAAAAUUGUACAUAGUUUGUAAAUAAAUUUUGCCAUCAAAAG